AUGGGCUUUGUGUAUGGAGAGCUACUUAGAGCCAAAGAGGAGAUUAAAAUGACAUUCAAAGAUCAAGAAAAUCACUAUCAUCCAAUCCUUGACAUUGUUGAUGGAAAAGCCCGUGAUCGACUUGAUAGUCCAUUGCAUUUAGCGGGUUACCUCUUGAACCCUUACUACACAUAUGCCAAUCCAAGCAUUGAGAAUGAUAAUGUGGUCAUGGAUGGGUUCUUCACUUGUGUUGAUGUAUUCUUUCCCGAUGACAUUCAAACUCAAAGUUUGGUGACAAAUGUAGAAUUGCACAAGUAUUUGAAGAAAGACGGUGGAUUUGGAAGAGAUUUGGCUAAGGUGGGAUGCGCAAAAAAUGAUGACACUUAUAAUCUGGUUUUGUGGUGGAAUAUUUAUGGAAACCUUAUACCAAAAUUGCAAAGUAUGGCUAAAAGGAUACUUUCAUUGACCACAAGCUCAUCCGGAUGUGAGAGAAAUUGGAGCGCUUUUGAGGGGAUCCAUACAAAGAAAAGGAAUAAAAUAGAUACAAUGAGCUUAAACAAUUUAGUCUAUGUCCAAUUCAAUGCCAAGAUCAUGAACAAGAAGAGAAGAAUGUGGAUGUAUUACUUGCUAGUGAAGCUACUAUGGCCCAAGGAUGGAUUGUGGAUGGUGGUGAUGAAGAUGUUGAGUCCGAUCUUACUAGUGAAGUAG